AUGGCGGAAGUAAUCGAUUCGAUGUUAGAUCUGAUGCGGAGGCUGCCACCUACGCGCACGGAAGAGAAUGUCGAGGCACUUGUUGGGAUCUGUCCAAACGAGGCCGACGACCUGCUGCAAAGCGUUGACCAACCCUUGCGGGUCAUGGUAGAUCGCGCGACUGGCCGAGAGUAUCUUGCGUGCGACUAUAACAGAGAUGGUCUCAGCUAUAGGUCGCCUUGGUCAAAUGAGUACGACCCACCCCUUGAAGAUGGCACUGUGCCGUCAUCAAAGAUGCGCAAGUUAGAAAUCCAGGCCAAUGAAGCAUUUGAUACAUAUCGCGAGAUGUACUACGAAGGAGGCGUAUCUUCGGUUUAUUUGUGGGAUCCAGAGGAUGCAAGUGGUAGCAACUUUGCUGGAGUAGUUGUGAUCAAGAAGACAAUGACACCCGCGUCGCCUCUUGAACCUGCUGGCUCAUGGGACUCCAUCCACGUUUUUGAGACCGCAGAACGUGGGAGACAGGCUCACUACAAACUCACAUCUACUGUGAUGCUUCAUCUUAUUACCCGGAAGGGGUCUGAUAGCGAAAGCAGUAAAAUUCCCGCUGACAAGAAAGGAUCAGAGAAAUGGAAAAGAGAUGGGGAGGUCAGCCUAAGCGGCAGCAUGACACGUCAGAACGAACAGGAUUGGCCGCUUAACGAUGCCUCAUCACACAUAAGUAACAUUGGGAGAAUGAUUGAGGACAUGGAGAUCAAGACGCGCAACUUGCUGCAGGAGGUGUAUUUUGGGAAAACUCGGGAUAUUGUAUACGACUUACGCAGCGUGGAAGACCUCGAAAAAGCGCGACGACAGAAGGAGCUUCAAAAGGAACUUGUGGGCUUCAUCAAGCGCUGA